AUUCAAUGUAAGGUACUGCAAUGCAAGCGCAGCGCAUCGUGGUUUUCGACUGUAAGACUGAUCACAUCAGUCAUCUCCUUCCUUCCAACUUCCUUUACACCUUGUUGCGAUGCUAUGCAAGUUUCCCCAGUCCGGCAGCGGGUAGAUUAUGUAUAUAAGUGCGUUCACACUCGAGUUAUUCAUGUUCGCAUCCACGCCUCGACAAGAAGCCUCCCAUAGUAGGCCAUUGGGGCAAAUUGUGCGUCGGAAAUGUCAUUCGAUGAUAUUCCCGCCUUUGUUUCUCGUCUUCAAACAAGCAAGUAUGUUAUUGCUGCUUCCCUAGUCAUCCUUAUCAUCAAUUAUAUCGACACAUUUUCUGAGGAGUACGAACUCAUCUGGAAGUCAAAAUGGGGCGCCGCCAAGGUGCUCUUCCUCUUCUCUCGCUAUAUUGCCUUUGCGGAGAUGCUUUUAACAAUGUGCUUAUAUAAUGACGCCGAGAUGCAAUACGACGUUGGUAUUCCAUGUUUCCUUUGCGUUCAACUAUUUAACUACUUAUUUUUCUCAUCCUGGUAGUCUUGUAUAUCAUUU